UUAUAUCGUAGCAUACCGUGCAUUCAACAAACUUUAUUGAGUGCUAGACGACGAUGUUGAUUUGGUGGGUUGCUGUACUGACCGCGGUCUGUACCAUUGUGGAGAGCGGUAGGCUGAUGGUGAUGAAAGCUAAUUCAGGAGGAAUGCAAAUGGCCAGUAAUCAUAGUCAUUUUAUGAAAGAUGGUAAAAUGGUAUUUUUAUCGGGAGUAAACCUAGCUUGGAUUCACUACGCCUAUGAUUUUGGUAAUGGCCAGUUUAAAAACUCAAGGGCUGACAUGGAACGAUAUAUGAAAGAACUCCAUGAAGCUGGUGGAAAUUCGAUGAGAGUGUGGAUAUUUAUGCAGGGUGAAAGUUCCCCGGAUUUUACUACUGAUGGCCACGUCAGAGCUCUCGAUCAUCAAGGAACCUAUAUCAGUGAUUUCAAAGAAAUGGUGGCAUUAGCGAAAAAAUACAAUAUACUGCUUUUUCCUUGUCUAUGGAAUGGUGCUGUGGUUAGUCAAAGUCUUCACAAAAUGACAGGCGUUAUCAGAGAUGACCUUAAACGGCAGAGUUUUAUCGACAACGCUUUAAUACCUUUAGUUAAAGCAGUGAAAGGAGAUCCUACUAUAGGAGGUUGGGACUUGAUGAACGAACCCGAAGGGUUGGUCAACACUGCGUAUCGUAAUGCGGAGCCUUGCUUCAGUUCUUUGUCAGAUGGAGGCGGAUGGGCGGCAAAGAUGUUCACCUAUAGAGAAUUUCUAAAGUUUUUCAACUGGAUGGCAGCAGCUAUAAAGUCUGUAGAUUCUGGUGCAUUAGUAACUGUCGGUGCUAAUAAUGCCUAUGUUGCCACUGAUGAGUUUGGAAGAACCAAUUUUUACAAAGAUGAGUGUCUUAUCAAGGCCGGUGGAAAGAAGACGGGUACGUUGGACUUUUACACUAUGCAUACUUAUGCUUGGUCUGGUUGGAGCGAUCUAUCUCCAUUUAAGCAUUCUGUUGGCGAUUACAAGUUAGAUAAACCUCUAAUUGUAGCUGAAUUUAGCACCAAGAAAAGUAACGGGAUGACAGCACCACAAUUAUACCGUUAUGUAUAUGAUCAUGGUUAUAAUGGUGCUUGGACGUGGGCUGCCACUGAUAAUAGCGCUGGUACCCCCUGGGAGGAUGAGAAAAAGGGUGUUGCAGAGAUACGAAAUGAAAAAGACCCUUUAGUUGCUUUUACAAUUUAGAUUUAAAAAAAUAAUAUACCGCAUGCCAUGUUUUUA